UCGAACCCGCGACCCUCAGGUUGCGAGUCGAGCGUCCUAACCACCUGGCCAUGGGUUUUAGCUGACGUAUAUACCACGUUAGGUCACAAUCGGUCCAACUGUUCGCCAAUUAUAAACGGACACAAACACACAGGAUUUUAUCAAAUAAUAGUUUACGAUAAUUUACAUAGAAAUGUGUUUUGAAGCUUUUUUUUUUCUCUAUAAAUCUUUGCUUGUAACUCCUUCCAUAACUCUUCUAUCUUAUAACUCAAGUUUUAACUGGUUAUGAAGCGCCCUCUAUAACAAUCAGUCUUUUUAUCUUAUACUGUAAAUCUUAUGUCAACGAUAUCUCAGACGCUUGUCUACUUUAGAUGUUGUAUUAACCACGCGCGAGGCUUAAUGAAUUCCUUGUCAAGCGUACCUCAGAGGUAAGUCUGCAGGUUUACGUCGCUAAAAGUCGGGUUUCUAUUCCCGUUGUGACAGAACGAGGAUAUCCCAUUGUGCAGCUUUGUGCUUAUAAACAACCAAAUAAUCAGUUCCUAGUGUUUAGUAAUUUUGUCCAUCAUUUACAUUCACACAUAUUUAAAACACUAGGUGGAGCUUCUGGUGGUGAUCCUAAGUUUCUAAACAGAUCAGUAACAGACGAUAAAAACAGGUCGCUUUCUUUCAGUAUAUUUCAGACGAGAUUAGGGUUAGAAAGAAAGAAAGCAUUUUUGUUCAUCACGAAUGUACUCGCGAGCAGAUAGGCUUAGCGGUAUCGAGCUCAGAACAAAUGGAAAACUUUAGAAAUCCUGGCGUCAGUGAUGCGUGGGCUUCCAACCCACUGCUAUUCAUGUUGCUAGCGAGAUUCUUAGGGGGCAGGCAAACCUUACAGUGUUGGCUUUCUGUUUGCUACCCUACAUCCCCCUUCUUAAUCUAGUUCUCCCUACCUGUCGUGACGCGCAAGAACUUUACAACCUGCCCUGUAGGUGGCAUAGCAGGUAGAUGUAGCCCAUCAAACAGGCAGCUUUAUCAGCAAAGCCCAGAGGGGCUAGAAGACCAGUGAUCUCACUCUAAGGAACUUCGAACGACCGUACAGUUCGAAAGCAUUUCUGUGUGUGUUUUAUUUGUUAUAUCUGCAUGAAACUAGACUUAUUUGUCAGUGUUGCGUGUUUGUUUGUGAUCAGAACUGAACAAAAUGGCGCAGCUUAGUCCUCUGGCACGAACUAACAGCUCGUCGCAUCGUAAGGGAGAACCUCUGGAGGAAAACAACGAGGUUAAGCGUCAUCCGUCCACUGGUCAAGACAUCAAGAGUGAAAUGUCCUUCGACCUUGUAGAAUCUCCAGAGGAUCGUAGAGAUCUGGUGGGAGGGCAAACCACAAGUUUAGUCACAAUUUCCAGCACAGCCACCUUUAACGGCACCCCUCUCUUCACCCAUACACCCCCCUCUGCAAAUUUCCAACCGCCUUAUUUCCCCCCACCUUACAACCUGCCACAACAACACGUGGAUUUCCACCACCCGCACGUCAACGCUGACACUUACACCCCCCUAACUAGUCUAACGGGCCCCCCGCAAUAUCACCAACUCCACCCUCCGCAGCGAACCCACAAUAUUUUUGGGACUCGACGAGAGGAUGAUCUACAAAUCAACAUCCACUCGGGACUCGCCGGGACGUACGACCUGGGACGUCGGGGCGACCCUCUCUACCCCAGUGUCCGGAACAGUGGUCACCAUGGUUUGAGCGAACAGGAGCUCGUCAGUCUUCAUACUGCAGAGACAUUACAAGCUAUUGAAGAGGGUCAG